AUGAGAAAAAGAGUAAUGACGGACUGGUUGAAGGAAAUACUCGAAGAGAAUGCUGUGGAAGGAAUACAUUACGUUAACGGGAGCAAGGAUACCUUUGCUAUCAAGUGGGUACAUGCUUCCAAUAAGAGCUAUGACCCUGAUUGUCACGGUGCUAUAUUUAAACGUUGGAUGAAGAAAAGUAGAAAAUUAGAUAAAUAUAAGUCAAAUUAUAGUAUGUGGAAGACCAACUUCCGCUGUGCUAUUAAUUCUCUUCCGGACGUCAUGUGUUUGAGCGCCACAGAUAGUCAAUUUGCUGAUGAUGAUAAAUAUAAAGGUUACAAAAUAUUCCAGUUUGUUGAUGAAAAACUGAAAUCUCAGCUUAUAACGAAGUCUCGGAAUCGUCAAAAUCAAAAUCGCAAAUUCAAGUCUGAAAGAAAGGUAAAGUAUAAAGGAUUAAAAAUUACAUUGGAGUUAUUUUACGCAAAGGCCUGCCAUUUAGAUAAGUCAGGAAGAUGUUCAAUGGGUGAUUUAGACUCAAAUGCGUCAAGUCCUCAUGAAUCAUUAUCACCGGUACAAACACCACCACAGUCGUCAGAGCUCUUGGCAAGUUCUUUUGGCUAUACCAUUAGGAAAAUAACAUUUUCAUUUGUGUAUUGUUUCUUAUUAGGAGAUAGUCAUUUCUCAAGGGAUGAAGAAUAUUGGACUGAUAUUAGCGCUGUUCUCUCAUUAAAUGAAAAAGGGGAUAAAAUUAAAAAUGAUUAUAAUUUGAAUGAAACUGCUCUAUCGGAAAUCAACCAGUGGGAUGAAAAUUUACGUGAUGAUGUCUACUUCGGCGGUUGGAUGUAUAGCGCACGGACAUUUCCAAUGUAA